CAUUCCUCUGUGUGUGAUUUGGGACACAACCUCCUCAGUGUCGCUGUUGUUGAAUCGCGGUUUCAGCUUUUAUUAUUUUUGCUAGUCGUCCAAAAUUCAGCAAAGAGAGAAAUCCAGAGUUUGAGCGCCAACACGGAUUUUCUUUGGGAUAAACGCACAGGCCUCGCUGCUAAAACGAUGCCCCAUUCUAGGCGGUAUGCAUCGUCGGAGCGGGCCAGCCGCAGCAGCUAUCAGGACCGCUAUCGUGAGCGUGAGCGAGGGAGAAAGCCAAGACACCGGCGCUCGCGAUCCUUCUCCUUAAGCAGCGAACGAGACAGGAGAGGACGGGGACACAGGCAGGAGGUUAUGUACGGACGCUCCAGGAGCUACGACAACCGUUCAGUAGACAGGAGACCUUACGACAGGCGCUACGGCGAACCCUACCGGCGACAGGAGCACGAACGGGAGCGAGAACGUGAGCGAGAGCGACUGUCUCCAGACGGCUACCACUCACGCGACCCUUCCACCACUUAUGACUAUCGCCGCACGCACCAACGCCACAAAGGCAGCAGGCGUAAGCACAAACGAAGGCGGCGUAGAACCAGGUCCUAUAGCCCAUCUUCCUCGCAGCGGAGUGCCAGCGGGACGCGGCCGUUAUGUGUGAGGGACGACGAGGAGGGUCACCUGAUCUGUCGGAGUGGCGACGUCCUGCAAGAGAGAUAUGAAAUUGUUGGCACUUUGGGCGAAGGCACGUUUGGAAGGGUGAUGGAGUGCAUCGACCAUCGCAGAGGUGGAGCUCAUGUGGCUCUGAAAAUCAUUAAAAACGUUGAGAAGUACAAGGAGGCUGCGCGGCUGGAGAUCAACGUCUUGGAGAGGAUCAACGAACGAGACCCUGAUAAUAAAAAUCUGUGUGUACAGAUGUUUGACUGGUUCGACUAUCAUGGUCACAUGUGUCUUAGCUUUGAGCUGCUAGCGCUCAGCACCUUUGACUUCCUGAAGGAGAACAAUUACCUGCCUUAUUCCAUCACCCAGGUGCGACACAUGGCCUACCAGCUCUGCCUAGCCGUCAAGUUUCUGCAUGAUAACAAGCUGACCCACACAGAUCUGAAACCAGAGAACAUUCUCUUCGUGAACUCGGACUUCUCCCUGAACUACAAUGUAGAGAAGAAGAGAGAAGAGCGUACGGUGAAGAGCGCCGCAGUAAGGGUUGUAGAUUUCGGCAGCGCUACGUUCGACCAUGAACACCACAGCACGAUCGUCUCCACCAGGCAUUACCGCGCACCUGAGGUUAUUCUUGAACUGGGUUGGAGCCAGCCUUGUGACGUGUGGAGUAUAGGCUGCAUCCUCUUCGAGUAUUACCUUGGCUUCACACUUUUUCAGACUCAUGAUAACAGAGAGCACUUAGCCAUGAUGGAGAGAAUAUUGGGUCCUGUCCCUUCCAGGAUGAUCAGAAAAACUAGAAAGCAGAAGUACUUUUACCGCGGGCGUCUCGACUGGGACGAAAACUCCUCAGCAGGAAGAUAUGUUCGGGAGAACUGCAAGCCCUUGCGACGCUACAUCUUGUCUGAGGCUGAGGAGCAUCACCAGCUGUUCGACCUGAUCGAGGCCAUGCUGGAGUAUGAGCCACCAAAGCGCAUUACUCUGGCCGCAGCGCUCAGGCAUCAGUUCUUCCAGAGUCCCAUCACUGCUAGUGACCAGUCAUCAGGAAAGCACUGGGAGGUCAAUCGGGACAUUAGCCGGCAACCUCUCUGACCAAGUAGUUUUAAGGUGGACUGAGUUGUCGGGUUACACUGCCGUGUCAGCUUUAAAGGAUUUAAAGGUGACGCAGGACUUUGUCUUAAGAUGCAGCCGGUUACAAUAGUUUGGUAUUUCCAGAGCCUGUGGGUAGAGUGUGUAUCAUAGGAUGCCAUGUCAAAGAUACACAGACACGAAGUCUUCCACACAUCAUGGACACGAUGGAACGAGCGUGAUCCAGUACUGCAGACACACAGUAGAUGGAAGAGGUUUUAAAAACCAUCUCGAACAGAGAGAACGCCUUUGAGUCAUAUCUGUUGUAGCAAAACCCAUACAAGGUGUUUUUUUCCUCUUUCUUUUUUUUUCUUUUGGAAGUGUUGGGAAAACAUGAAUGUAAACGUGAUGAAAAGCAACAAACUGUUAUUGAUUGCAUUGGAUUCCAUUGUAAUUGAACCCUGAGCCUGAAUUAAAUCACUUAGUCGUAUUUUUACUGGACAGGCAACAGGUGAAGAGAUGUUUUGGCAGGGACACAACUCCUUCUGUCAGACUCAUUCAAUCAGAAGCUAUACAGAAGCUACUGUUCUAUGUAGAUUGGUAUCUUUUACUUUCUUCAGUGAGACACACACAUACAUGGAUUUUCAAUUGAAGCCUUUUGUUCAUGUAGUCAAGCACAGAUCUUUUGUGCGCUGUCAUUCUUGCCAGCACAGGUUUACAGUAUUUAUUUGAAUCAGCAUUAUUUUUGUUUUGUGUUUUUAUAUGAAGCUUAAGGUGUAUAUCUGUAUAUACAAAUCUAUAUGUAUCUAUGACUGUAUAGAAUAAAGGCUCUGUCUGUCUGCCUGGUUUGUGUUGAAGUCUUCACAGCUUCACAGGCAGAAAACGGCAGACAUCUUGUCAGA